AUGCGAUGCACUUUUGGGUGUGACGCGAGAGAAGAGGUUGGUAGACUGAAAAAUUCAGAGAAAACAAUAAAAUUGUUAUCCUCUUCUGGGUCAAAAGAAGCAAUGCAGAAUACAUUGGUGGGGGAGGUUGAAAAUUUCCAAGCCCUCAUGAAUGUGAAAGCCUUCCAGGAAGUCGAGGGAUGCCCAUCGAUCCAGUUAAGGUAUUUGGGGGGUUUAAAAAUGAUUCUUGAUUUCGAGGGUAUAAAGGAAAAAGAAGAAUUUUUAAACAAUGGAAGAGAGAUUUGGCUGCCAUGGUUCAAAAAAGUCUCAGACUGGGAUCCAGAAUGCAAUUUCAACGAAAUAAUUGCCUCUAUAAUUAUCCACGGUGUGCCACAGCAUGCAUGGUGUGAGGAAGCUUUCUCCAUUAUCGCAAAGACGUGGGGCUAG